CUCUCAUAUAGAUAUAUACUCCCUCUGUCCCACUAAAAGUGAGAACCGUAUCUUUUUCGUUCCUUCGUGAGAAUGGAUCGGAGAACCAUGAACAAGAGAGUGAGAUCGUCUAACUAUCUCUUGUUCAUUUAUUUUACGUGUUCAUAUAUUUUGGAGAGAUGAUGAUUAUCUAUUAUUAUUAUUAUUAUUAUUAUUAUUAUUAUUAUUAUUAUUAUUAUUAUUAUUAUUAUUAUUAUUAUUAUCUGUUCGACACAACACACACAACCACCGCCGGUACAAAAAAUAAUACUCCACAAACUUCCCUGGAGUCUACUACCGAGUACGACAAUAACCUCUUGUAGUAUAAUUUUAUCCAACGCCAAAAACCUUAAUUUAUACUCCAAAACGACAAUAAUAAACAAUGUUGGCCAAAUACUCCAUGUCUGGUUGGGUCCUCCUCCUGUUCCUCUUGGUCCUCUCCGCCUCCGGCGACUCGGACUCAGCUUCGGAGAAGCCGAACCUGAGGUCUGGGUCGCUGAUUGUGGUGAAGCUAUGGUGCCUCAUACUGGUGUUCGUGGGGACUUUUGCCGGCGGGAUGUCGCCGUAUUUCAUGAAAUGGAACGAGGCUUUUCUGGUUAUGGGAACGCAGUUCGCCGGAGGGGUGUUUCUGGGCACCGCGUUGAUGCAUUUCCUGAGCGAUUCGAAUGAGAGUUUCGAGGAAUUGACGACUAAGGAAUACCCUUUCGCUUUCAUGCUCGCGAGUGCCGGAUACUUGAUGACCAUGGGCGCUGAUUGCCUUGUUUCUUAUGUCUACGCCAAGGAAGGAAAUCACGCUUCUGCGCAUUCUCAUCUUCAACUUCAAGCAAAUCCUAGCAAUGCAGAAGGCAACAACAAUAGUUUGUCUUUGGAUUCAAAGUCACAGGAUAACAACUCUAGAGAAGCCCAAGCUUCAGUGACUUCACUAGGGGACAGCGUGCUGCUCAUAGCCGCACUAUGCUUUCACUCUGUGUUCGAAGGGAUAGCAAUCGGAGUAGCAGAGACGAAAGCAGAUGCUUGGCGAGCUCUGUGGACGGUGUGUCUGCACAAGAUAUUUGCUGCAGUGGCGAUGGGGAUAGCGCUGCUGAGGAUGAUGCCUCAGAGGCCCCUGGUGUCCUCUGCAGCGUAUGCCUUUGCGUUUGCGAUAUCAAGCCCGAUUGGUGUAGCCAUCGGCAUUGUGAUAGACUCGACUACGCAGGGUGCGGUGGCUGACUGGAUAUUUGCGAUAUCGAUGGGAUUAGCUUGUGGUGUGUUCAUCUAUGUGUCCAUAAAUCAUCUACUAUCCAAGGGGUAUAUGCCUCUCAACAAGGUAGCUCUUGACACUCCACACUACAGGUUUUUGGCUGUUUUGUUUGGUGUUGGAGUCAUUGCUGUUGUUAUGAUUUGGGAUACUUAGCUACUUCACUCUUUUUCCCAAUUUAGGUCUUAAAGCUUUCUAGAUUCUUUUUUUUUUCCUUUUAUCUUUUUAUUCGAUGACGAGGGAAAUCUGCAGCUGCCGUUGAGGUACGUGGCGGUAGACCUCGUUUAUGUACAAUAGCCUGCAAAUUAUGGGGAAUAGAUGACGACGCGGAUAAUCUGUUUUUGUGGAAUUUUCUCUUAAAUUUAUAAGAUUAUAUUUCGCUUGUUAA